UGACGUCGAUCGAUGUGCAUUCAGGUGUGAUGUGUGUUGGUUUUGUGUUGCAGCGUAUCAUGAUGUCGCGGCACACACACUCGAAAAGAAUCGAGGGGCUGGACAAGAAUGUGUGGGUGGCGUUUACGUCGGUGGCGGCGGACCCCUCCAUCGUAAACCUGGGCCAAGGUUUUCCAGACAUCCCUCCACCUGCUUACGUUAAAGAAGCUCUCGCAGAAGCUGCAUCGGUGGACAGGAUGAACCAGUACACCCGAGGCUUCGGUCAUCCGACUUUGGUGAAGGCUCUCUCUCAGGUUUACGGGAAGGUCUGCGGGCGCCAGAUUGAUCCCUUUAAAGAAAUCCUGGUCACGGUGGGAGGUUACGGUUCCUUAUUCAGCACCAUGCAGGGACUGGUGGAGGACGGGGACGAGGUCAUCAUCAUCGAACCUUUCUUCGAUUGUUACGUCCCGAUGGUGCGAAUGGCCGGAGCCAAACCUGUGCUGAUACCGUUACGCCUCAAGUCUGGAAAGAAGACAAUCACGAGUGCAGACUGGUAUCUGGACCCAGAUGAGCUUUCCAGUAAAUUCAACUCGAAGACAAAAGCCAUCAUCAUCAACACCCCCAACAAUCCUAUCGGGAAGGUUUUCACCCGAGCGGAGCUGCAGAUGAUCGCUGACCUCUGUAUCAAACACGACACUCUGUGCUUCAGCGACGAGGUUUACGAGUGGCUCGUCUACAGAGGACACCAACAUAUCAAAAUCGCCACUCUUCCUGGAAUGUGGGACAGAACAAUCACUAUCGGCAGCGCCGGGAAAACAUUCAGUGUCACCGGAUGGAAGCUUGGUUGGUCUAUAGGACCCGAACACUUGAUAAAGCAUCUUCAGACCGUCAUGCAGAACACUCUGUACACCUGCCCGACACCUUUACAGGAGGCUGUGGCUCAAGGUUUGCUGCAUAACUUUGCGAUGAUGGAUCAGCCCGAGUGCUACUUCUCCUCGCUGGCCGCAGAGCUCGAGGGGAAGAGGGACCGCCUGGCCGCCAUCCUGCAGGAGGCCGGAAUGACUCCCGUCAUCCCGGAGGGAGGCUACUUCAUGCUCGUGGAUGUGACGUCUCUCA